AUGCCGAACCCUUCCCAACUAUUCCUCCUCGCCGAUCACAUCAAACUCUCUCUUCUCGAACGCCAACGAGCCAUUUCGCUGAGUCUAGAACCCAACAGCCAAGAUGGCGAAAUCUCCCGCUCGCUCGAGUCCCUACGAGAAGGCAUCGAGAGCGUCGAGGCCGACGUUACACGGUUAGAAGAAUCGAAUGAUGAGGCGGCUUCCGACUUGAAAGACCAACUCGUCCAUCUACGCUCGCAGUACAGCGACUUAUCGUCGCAAUUCCGCGGUCCCGCCGGUUCAUCAUUCGCCGAUGACCGGUCAGAUUCAGCAUCGCCGCAAUUCACCAGCAUCAAAGGCUCAUCGCCGGACCUGAAACAGCCUGUUCCGCAGCAUCCGCCGUCUAAAUCUGUUCGUUUCAUGGACGAUUCUGCCGCCGCCGAAGAGGAUCUCAACCGUCGCAACCUGUUCCAGCCAUACCGAGACUCGCCCUCACCCGAAGGCGUGGAUACGACUGACAUGUCGAACCAACAGGUUUACGACCAUCAUGACCGGGUGAUGCGGGAGCAAGACGAGCAGUUAGACCGGCUGGGCGAGUCGAUCGGGCGGCAGCAUCAGCUGAGCAUCCAAAUUGGGGACGAGCUCGAUGGCCAUGUGGCGUUGUUGGAUGAGAUGGACGGUACUGUUGACCGACAUCAGAGCAGACUCGACAACGCCCGGCGACGCAUUGACAAAAUCCGCAGGAGUGCUGGGGAGAAUUGGAGUAUGAUGACCAUCAUUGGGUUAAUCAUCAUCCUAGUCAUCCUGAUCGUCCUUUUGAAAUGA